GGCGGCGCGGGGCUCCGGCUGCUGCUCGUGCGCCACGGCGAGUCCCGCAACAACGCGCUGAUGUCGGGCGCCGGCAUGACGCCGGAGCGGUGGCGGGCGGGGCGGGAGGCCGACCCGGGCCUGAGCGAGGCGGGGCUCGGGCAGGCGGAGGCGCUGGGCUGCCUCCUCGGGGGCGGCACGCCCCGGCGCGCGCUGCUCGCCGGGGCGGUCCCGCCCAGCAGGCUGCUCGUGUCGCCGGUGCGUCGUGCCGUGGAGACGCUGCGGCCCACCGCGGAGCGGCUCGGCCUGGCGCCCGAGGUGUGGACGGAGUGCUUCGAGGUCGGCGGCAUCUACCAUUCUGGGGGCACCACGAGCCGCGGCCUGGCCAGGUCCGAGCUGCGGGAGCAGCUCCCGGGCUGCGUGCUGCCGGAGGACGUCGGAGGCCCCCGAGGACGUGACCGAGCAGGGCUGGUACGGGCUCGACGGCCGCGAGCCCGCGGACCUGGCGCGCGGGCGCGCC